CGAGGAAGACUCGUCGGACUCCGGCCUCGAGAUCGAAAAGGACACCAAUGCAACCGUGUGGUGUGGGAAGUCCGCUGCCAUGGAGCACAUCGUGAAGGGAUAUGAACGAGGUCAAUCAGAGGGAUGCUCGAACCUGCCACCCACGAACAGUGUGGCCUCAGGUAUGGACCGAGUUGUAUGUACGCCUAUGGAAGACGACGAAGACGAUGACCUUGAUAUUCCUGCUCAGCCAACGAAGCUGGCGCCGGGCGAUCCGAUUCCUCCCAGAUUUUGUGCGGAUCCAAACAAUGUGUAUUUCUUAGAUGACAAAUAUUCCUACACUACUGAGGAUAAGUGGGCCCAUGAUAUCAUUUGGCAUGACGGCAUUUUCGAGCCAUGUAUCCAAGGCCGGGAGUGGAAAAUGGCAGUGAAGUAUGUCUCGAAGGGUUGGAGACCGUAUGCCCGCAUGGGAAAGGACAGUUGCUUGAAGACGACGGAGCAAUCAAUACUAUACCGCUGUCCGAAAGAGAAUCCCGGGGAGAAAGAAACAUCCAUCGUGGCAAAGGCGAAACAAUUGUUCAACGCAUUGGGAGCCACGCGGCAGUUAGAGUACUCACACAAGUUUUACGAGCUGCAGUCGAACCCCUCGUACGGCAAGAUUGACUGGAAGGUUGAGCGCACUGCCGCGCUCGAGAGCAUGGACUUGGACUCCCGAGAAGAUGUCGCCUCUGUGCCCGAGGCGACCACAGGGAACACGAUGGGUGAACAAAGGGAAGAUGGCGGGACGACGUUGGGCGUGAAGCCUCUGUUGCCAGAGGCGGGGAACACGCCCGCAGGCAAAAACACCAUCGGAGUCAUCUCUGUCGCAACGGGAGAUACAUCACAAGGUGAAAAAGUGUCACUCGACAAGGCGGCGGAUGCGGGCGCCACAUACGGGAGUCUCCUCGCGACAAGUACGGCCCUGGCAGGAACGGAGGAGAUGGUGUCAGAGUCCACUGCUAAGAUGGGCAUCACGGGGAUGUCGUUGCAUCCGCCCACAUGCACUAGCAAAGGUGACGCACACUGUACAACAACACCACAGGGAGGGGUCACAGGGGAUGACGGGAAUGGGGGAAAUGCAGGGGGGUCUCCAGGUUCUCGCAAUAUUGAGGACAUGACGAAGGAUGAUGAGGAUAGGGUAGAAGGCGGAAAGGGCGUGAGCGAUCCCACGCGUGCAAAAAAUGAGGGGUGAGACAAUGAAUGAACUUCAGGGGAAUCC